AUGGCGACCAGCAGUACCUCCUCCAGCUCUUCCUCGGAGUCCCAGGACUCUGAGGCAUCGGUGUCGCCGGUGCAACUGCCCCCAACGCCUCCGCCGACCUCCACUGCGAUUCUCAAGUCGCCCUCGGAGUCCAAGUCGAGCUCGUCCAAAGCGUCGUACUGGUCCUGUUCCGAGAAGUUGCUGCCCUCUGCCGCCUUCUACGGGCCCCUGGACGCUAAAAACCCGCUUCUGGCCUCUUGCGAAAAGGAGAUCCGGGAGCUGUUAAGCUUUAUGAAGAAAAAGAAGGCUCUAGCCACCUCGGAGGAACAGAAGCACGAAUUCCAUCGGAGGUGUGCCACCACCCUGUUUAAUAUCUGGACCAAAUACGCCCCCCGGCUGCCGUCUGACUAUUACAACGAGAAGCUGCUGAAGGUCGGAGACAGCCUCUGUCAAAUUAAAGAGUACAAGCUAGCCCUCCUGCAGUGCUAUGGGAGGUACCUUCAUCAGUUCACGACCGACGUGGAUGAGCAUAGAGAAGACGUGAAUCAGUUCAAAAAUGUCUUUUUCCCCAAAGGCUUUGGGGAUGAAACUGCGGGACUUACGUUUCAUGCUUUGAGUGGCAAAAAUAUUUGCCACUACGAGCUGGUCUGUGAAAACGAUGCUAACCUGCAGAAUAAGGAAUCCGUGAGGCAGUGUCUGCAUAUCUUGUCGUCCCUAAGGCUGAUCAUGCAGGUGGCCCUUCCCCAGGAGCACCUCUGCUGGAUCAUCUUCAAUGGUACCCUUUACAUCUACACCAUUUGCCGAAAACUGAUGGUCAUAGGGCAAGCUUCCAAGGCCGUAGAAUACCUGCUGUGGGCCAGCAUCUGCAUGGAGUCCUCUGUCCCGUUGCUGUCCAUCAGGUACCUGACCUGGAGAGCCACCCUUUACACGGCUGUCUGCCAGUGCCACUACGAUUGCCAGGCCAGCAUCCACGGGGAGGCAUUUGCCCGACGCGCAUUAGCUAAAAUUGACGAGUUAAGGCAACUGGAAUUAAUGAGUUCCUCCAAGUCUCAGGAGGACUCCCGAAGGCAUUACAGAGAGGCCACGAUAAAGAUGGCUGUGAUGAUCUUCAAAAGAGGAGUGUUCGAGUCCAGAAGAAAGAACAAAGCCGUGUUCAGACCGAAGAUAAGAAUUAACCUAAAGGAAGCUCAGAGCAUGAUAUGGCCACGGACGGUCACGGAACGGCUGCUGGAUGAGCUAUUUGAUAGCACCUCGGCCCGCUUUCUGGCUGUCUUGGAAGCUCUUGCUGACUCGAGCAGGCGAAUCCUGCAAACUGGACCUCUGGUGACUGACGAGGUGGAACUCCGUGAUGUUGUCUCGGAACUGUUCAUGGCUGGAAAAGAACUCUUGAUACUUUCAAAUGUUGGAGCAAAUGGGAAACUUGAUUUCCCCAAAACGGGAAAUCUCCUGGAGCAUGUGAUCGAAAGGAAAAAUGUCAUUUCCUUGCGUGCUGCUGUGAAAUUUGCAAAAUUGGCAUUCACUUACGAAGAAUGGGGGUUAUUUGAAUCACUAGCUGCACAGCUUGUCCGCUUUCUCCAGAAACAAGAGAGCCCUGCGUUAAAGAAGGCCGAGAAGGAUCUCAUUCUCCUGCUUGCGGUAGAACCACUGAUCAAUCUAAAGAAAAACAAAGGCCUUAUCUUCCCUCUGGAGAAUGAUAAGCAGGGACAGUCAGUUCACAUUUAUCUAAAGCAUAUUGCUUGUCACGAGUCUUGUGUGAGGAGCUGUGGAUACUCAGAAGAUAUUUUCAGUUUGGCAGCCAUUCUUCAUUUCUGUGUCUGUGUCCCUUCCAAGGGUGAGCAGCCUGACAGGGAUAUCAUUGUGGACAUAAUAACCUUCUUAUGGCAGAAAUGCAAGCUGGGAAUCCAGAGGAUCAGCAUGUCCAAAGGCGACUUCGCAAAAUACUCCCACAAGAUCAGCUCUAGCAAAUGGGUGUAUCUCCUGUGGCAGAUAAGCGAAGUGAUUCACUGCUACCGGCUGGAAGAUUUGGACAUCGUGAUGGUGGCAGAGAUCACCUUACGAUUAAGUGAAAUAUUAGAGUCUUUGGGAAGCUCGAAAAGAAAGUUCAGAAAGUCUGCAGAUUUAUCUGCAAAAAAGGGGCCUGAGGAAUUCCCUGGGACUUCAAAAGGGAUCCCAGAAGUCCUUCCAAUAUUAAAGCGAGCUCCUGUGGAACAGCUGUUUUAUGCAUAUGAGCUCCUUGAUAAAACGAUCGCUGCAAUGAACUGGAAUUGCAUGCUAUCGACUUUGUCGGAUGGGUCAUCAGUACUCGACCAUUGCUAUGUCAAGGACUCUCAUGACAUAGACGGGGUGACUUACAAGCCGAUCUCCGCGAAUAGCUUCAUCAUGGAUUUGCAUCUUGAGUUAAUUCAUGCUCAGCACCGUGUAGCCGUCGUACUUCUUGACCAACUGCAAGUUUUACAGAUUCCAACUGUUAGCACAAAUCCCAAAGGUUUGGAAAAAGUAAAAGAACCUACAAACUCCGAGUGUUUCUCAGAGUUAACUGUAAUAAAUAAAAUAAAGAAGAACAAGCUUUCCAAAGCCAGCUACCUGAUGCAGAAGGCCCUUUUACUGUUUGAGAAAGACAAAGCCUGUACAACUUCACAGAACUUGUUGAUGGAAGCGUAUGCCUUAAUUGAGAAGAUCGAAGCAGAACAAAACGCCCUCUAUUCCUACCAGAAGUGCUUGGAGAGUUCAAAAGCAAAGAAGAGCCGAGUCCCUCCCCCACCCAUCCUGCUGGCCCGAACCCACUGCUCCGUGACUCUGAAACCCGCUCCCUUUUUUUCAGACGCUAAGGUGUCCUGGUACUGCAUACUGGGUUGCAAAGCAGAAGGAAGCUAUGGGAAAGUAAGACUCAACAACAACCAUCUCCCAAACUCUGGAGAAGCGAUCCCAGCUGACGGCAGGAGCACCUUUGAAGUUAAAGGUUUAGAAAUGAAUGAAAGAUAUGUAUUUGCGAUCGCUGCUUAUUCUUCCAGUGGGAAACUCAUUGGUGAUGCUGUUGGCGAGACAACCAAACCAAUCCUCAUCUACCCACCGCUUUCUGCUGUCACUGCUCGGAUGUACUUGACACAGGUCGCCUAUCAGAUUGAAAACUACGAGUUGGCCAAGAAGGUCUUCUCACCGGUUUGGGAUUAUUUUGUUGCUUCUCCGCUUCAGGAUGAACAGUCGGUGAUCUCUCUAAGCAACAUCAUGACGAUAACACAGAGGAGACUGCAUUCGAAUAUUCUGGCAGAAACCUCCUCGAUCCUCUUAUACCUUUUCCUUAGAAAUAUCUUCGUGAUAAGCGACAUUAAGAUUAAAGAAGAAAACCUUUUCUGUGAUAAUAUUAAAGGCAAUGAGAUUUUCCCUGCCCAACAAAUCGCUCGACUGGUGGAGUGUGAGAACGUGCUGGUAGCUCUCGAGCUCAGCAGCUACCUCAACGAUUCCAAUUACGCCCUUCAAGCGGUGACCCAGUGCUACGGACUCCUCGCUCCUAUCAUCUAUCACAACAUCGUCCUGGUACCUGUCAUACAGAUCUUGAUAAAAUGCAUCGUGGUUUUGCAAGGAAUGCCAACUGUCGUUCACUCAAAGAAAAAUGUUUCAAGCUUUGAAAGUGUCCAACACAUGAUAGCUUGCUGUAUCUUCUACGUGACAAAGAUUCUACGUUCCUGGAAGGAAUAUGACCUGGCAAUAGCGAUCAUAAAUUACGGGAAAAAGACAUUGGACGUCACAUCAGGGUGCAAAUCUCUGUUUGGUAAUGAGCAGGAUGAGAUUGGAGAGGAGGGUACUUGUUCUAAGAAAACUUCCAGAACCAAGAAGCCGCAGCAGGUGCUGCUGCCGGAAAAGAUAAACGAACAGCUGGCCUUGUUGGAGACACAUCUACUCAAACUCACAAAGCAAUUCAUCUUCACUGAACUCUCUGGAGCAGAGGAUCCCAUCUUUCUUUACCCUGUGGUUUUGAACUGGACGGUGAAAGGCUCCAUGAAGGAAGUCAUGAAAUUUAAGCAAAGACCGAGAUUCCUUGAAUUCUUUACACAAGUUAUGCUCAAAUGUAUGAACGAUGAAAAGUUUCAACUCAUGGUGGAGACAGCAGCUCCAGUGUUUGACUUCUUGAGAAGGAGAAACGAGUCCCUCAUUGGAGUAAAAAGGUUAAAAUGCAAGGACGCCGUCUUUUCUAAGAAGGCAGCCAAGUUGUCUUCCAAGAAGUAUAAAGCCAUAGUCAUCGAGAUUGGAAAAGUAAACGGGCUACAACGCAGAAAAAGGAAGAAAAAGGAAACUCUCAAAGAUUUCUUUCUCAAGAAUCCCUCCAUUUUUGAACUGUCGGAGCAGGAGAGAAACAAGAGAUCGGAUGUUAAAAAAAUGGCAUACCGAAGCCUGACAGAGAACUUGAAUCCCAUAAUAUUAAAUUAUGUCAAAAGAAAGCGGUUUCACCAAAUACUUCUUGAAGAGCUCCCUUGGAGAGCACAGAUGAACCUGUAUCUGGCUAGCGCACACUUCCACUUGUUUUUACUGAAGCUUGCCGAGCGCACGAAGAUGAGGUUCAGCUCUUCGCAUUCUAAUGUCAGUUUCCGAUCAUGUGACCCUAAUCUCUUCUCACUGUACCAUUGUGGAAUAAUAUUACCAACCACAAAGCUGACUGUAGACAGCUACCAAGCAAUGCUGGAUGUCCUGAUGGCCUCUAAAAACAAGAAGACCAACCAAUCCAUAGAUAUUGAAGAUUUUUCUGCGUUUUGGAAUUCAAAAAGUGAAGAGAAUGUUUCCAAGAUAAAAACAAAUACACUUUCUGAAUCAGAAUCUCAAGUUGGCAUUUGUAUUGAUGCCAGAGAGAAGGAUCGAGCCCUGAACUGGGGACUGGAUCAUUUUAUGAAAAUCUUCUCGUGUUCCAGGAGAGCAAUGGUUCUUGCUUAUCGUGGUGGCUAUUGGACUUUACUGCAAAACUGCUGUAGGGCAUUCUGGAACUUUGUCCGGGAGCUGCAGAUACUCCUGAAGCAGGCCGUGGACAACUACAAGACCUUUCCGAUUAGCCAGGAUGGCUUUCUCUGCGUCUGUGUGCUACCGUUCCACCUGGGUGCAGAGCUCCUUAUUGACAUGUUAAUAAAGCUGCAGAGCACCAAUUCCAUCAAGCCAGUCGAAGAGAAAGGCGACUUCUGUGUUCCCGGCUGCUACGGGAACAUCAAAUACGAUAACGGGGGUUCCAGCCUGAUUUUCGAGCAUCCUUUGGAUGACGUCAAUGUGGUCGAUUUGAAAUGGAUCUGUGACUUUGUGUUAAAGUCUCUGGAGGUUCUGUACCAAGUAGAGAAGUGGGAGACGCUGGUGUCUCUGGCCAUUCAGUUCAACAUCGUUUCACAUGAGCGGUAUACAGAGCAAGUGACCCCGCUGUUGGUGUAUGCACAGCGCCAGUUGCUCCUGAGGAUUCAGACAUUCAAUGGCCCCGAUGUCGCUCAACAGGCUUGUGCCAGAUACGAGGCUGACAACAGAGAGAAGAUAACUUGCCGGAACUUCAUUGGGAAGCAGCUCACGAUCGACCCUGCUUCACCCAAGACCCUGGCAGAUCUAGAAGGCAGCUCUGAUGUGCUGAAGACGCUCAUCCUUUCAGAGCAAAGACGAGCCAAAGAGCUUGUCUGUGUGCCCGUGGACGUGGCAGAUUCCUUGGGAUGCUUUCGAGAGACCCUGGAGAAGUCCAAGUAUCAUAACAGAUCAGUGCGGCACAGCAGGAAGCUGCUCUCACUGUUUCUCGCACAGACACAAGGUGAAAGAGGAGGGAUAGACAACACACAGUUCUCCUCAGGGAAGGUGGAGUUCUGUCUGGGAACAGAAGAGAUGCACAUGCCAAUACCCCCUGACCUUUCUCAGGAGAACUUCCGAGUGUUCAGUUCCGUGGAGAAAAGCAAGCUUCCCUACUCACAGCUGGGGUUGGUGAUUUCUUCCUUUCACCAAACUAUUGAUGUUCUCCAAGCUAGCAAUCAAAGAAGCCUUAAAGUUCAGUCCUUGCAUUCCCUCGGAAGUCUCCUCAUCUUCGCAGAUAAGAAAAGGGCUGCUUUUAAAUGCUGGUGCCAAGCCCUUGAUGACAUCUUCAGAAAGCCAGAUGUGCUGCACACCUGGAAAGAAUUCGGCACCUCCCUCCCCAGUGCCGCCAGCAGCUCUUCACCUCCUGGCUUCAAAGACUACAGUGAAGAAUUCCUAUCCAAGCUUGGCAUUUGGGGAUGUCUGCAAGGGGCAGUGAUCGCAGCAAAGAUAGCUCAGUUUAUCAAGACCACAAAUGUUAAGAAAAGAAUCAACUCUUGCAUCUUAUCUGCAUUGCUUUUUCAGAGUCUGCUCCGCACUACCCUCCCACAUCCCAAAGCCGAACGCAGCUAUGCUCAGUACGAAGUUAACCAACUCCUCCCGGGCAUCGAACUCUUCUCGGAUAAAUUCAGGGCUGACAUCUGCAGUGUUGUUGCAAGUCUCUACUACAUCAUCCGUGAGCUGCACUACGCUAAGUACAACCUCAUCGUUCUGCCUCUCCUUGCAUUGUACCAAUAUUUUGUGACUGUAAUUUGCCAAGACAUCGUCAGAAAUCUAGAAGCAAGAAUCCUCAAGACUGAAAUCCUUAUAGAUUUAGGCUUCUUUUCUGAAGCCUUUUAUGAGCUAUCCCAGAUUUUUCAUGGAAAAAACGUGCCGUGCGCCAUCCCUGCUGGCUAUAAAGCUGCAGCCAGAGUCAAGGUAACUCCAUCAUUUGACUCUGGAAAACCUCUUACCAAUAAAGACAACCUACAGGCGCUGGAAGAUUUGAUCAACAGAGGCUUGCCUCUCACCCUGGUUACUCUUGGCCAGCAACACCUCUUAAACAAAUUUAAUUUUGCCAGGGCCCAUUUCUUCAUCAGUUUGGCUGCGACGAUAAACUGUAUCCCGGAUAAUUUUCCCAAAACACUGUACCACACAGUUGCCAUUGAGAAGAACAAACCCAUCAUCCCAAACCUGAAAGAUGAAAAUUCACAUUGUCAACUGUCAAGAUUUAGAGAUGACUGCUCUCUUAGCAUGAUAAAGUCACUGUUACUGAUAGAGGCUGAAGACAGGCUGAACUGCUUGGUGUCUGAGAUGGAGCAUCAGUGCCAUAAGCCCCUCUGCCAUUGCUCUGCUGGGGAGCUGGAGAUCUUAGUGGAGGCCAGACUGCAGCUAGCAGCCAUUGCCCUGCAGAGACACCGGGCAGCAUAUGGGGCUGCUAUAGUGUAUUCCACGCUCAAGCUUCUCCAGGACUCAAAGGUUUUUAAAAAGAGAAUGCCGGAGGACUCAGUGGGUCCCACCUCUUCGGGAACUUCUACCACAGAAAGUAAAGAUGAUAACGAGUUUUUAGACCCCAUUUCUCUGAAUUCCCGGGAAUAUUUCAACAUCCACCUUUGGCUGAGGUGCCGCUUGAUGCUCGUGACUGCGUUUGUUGCACAGAUUCGUGGUAUCGGAGUCAUGAAAGAGAAUGACAUGACGGACUGUCUGAGCCUCAUCAAUGAAGUGUGCACGGAGGCACAAAGUGCAGAGGACACGGAGUGCCUGGCCGAGUUCCUGAUGCAAGCCGUGAUCCUGGGUCUGCAGGAGAAACACUUAAAGGCAGACAUCAUCAGAAACCUUCAGGAAAUCAUCCAUUUGCUGGGAGGAAGUGAGUUCCUUUCUCCUCGAUCUUGGCUGACUCUGGCAAGAAGCUUCGUUCUAAUGGAUGACUUAACCAAAGCUGAAAAAUUCAAGGAAGGGGCUUCGAAAGAGGACAAAUUAAUUUUCUUGAAUCAAGCACACAACAUCCUCAUUGCCCAGAUGCUAAAUUUUGGAGAGACAAUUGAAUUCCCUCUCUCAGAAGCUGACUAUGCAAAUCCACUGCAGCCUUUGAAAAAUAUCUACCUUCCUCACGUCAUGUUACUGGCCAAAAUAAAACUGAGAAUUGGACACACGUUGUCCAAGCAGGUGUAUUCCAGCAGCAAAAAGAAGGACGUCACAAGGUGGUUGCCUGCUCUUCACCUCUUUGAGAUGGCCUUGAAGCUCUGCAAGGGGGCAGCUGCCGAGGAGCACGAGGUGGAAGCUGAGAUGCUGUUUCAGAAAGGCAGAAUAGAGCGUCAAAUCCUGAAGGAAGAGAAAUCUCCAAUUUCUCAAGUAGAGAGUUUUUUCGAAGCUAUUCAAAUAAGCCUGAAAAAUGAUCAGAACUCAGGGUUGAUCAAAGACUCCUACCUAGAAAUUGCCCUGGUGUAUUUCCAUCUGAAGAAGCCAAGGAAGAGAGUGUCAGCGACCCCAUCAACACUCAAGCCUUUUUCCAGAAGGCACAGUUCUAUUAAAGAACCAAUCGCAAGUCGAUUUGAGAUGUACACCUCACUAGCCUGGAUUGCAAUCCGAGCUGCUGCGCAGGUCAGUGAAGCUGUGCUGGCAAUCAACCUCAUGAUCGGAAAGAAGAAUGCCAGGACUGACAAAGUCAACCACAUGGUGUUGCCAAACAUUCCAGAGUUUGCCAUCGUGGAUCUUUUCUCUUCGUAUACAGAUUAUUUACUCGAAAACUACCAAGUUACUUUCCAGACUUGCAGUUCAUUUUUGUCCCAGAACGAUGAUAUUUAUGAGAGUGUCGAUUCUAAAAGGAAGGCUCACCCCAAAGUGGACAUUACAUGGAUCCUUCUCAUUCGCUACUACAUACACCUGCAGAGAAUUAACAAUAUGAGCAAGCUGCUAGCAUCUGCAACUCCGGUCUCGGGGAUUUCUUUGCCCGACCACAUGCUCCUCACAUCCCUGUACAACUCUGAACUGAUUAUGCGCCAAAGAGAGAUGCAUAUUUUCCUGAAACGGUUCUUACAGCUCUACUCUUCUUCCUGCAUCGAUGGGUUUCCAAAGGAACUCCUUCAAGGUGUGGAAAACCCUGCUCCACUGGAGAAAGCCCUGUUUGAUUCCUCGGGCAAGAUUCAUCGGGACAGUUCCCUGCAGUCUGAUAUCUCCUCAAAGGUGCAGGGCAGUCCGUCUUACACAGAUGUCUCGUCAGAAACGGCAGUGCAAGCGCAGAACAAGGAGCUCUGCUUCCAGUGGUAUAUCCCUCCCCUGGACAGACCUCCCAAGGACGUGGAACCCAUGGUUUUAUUAUUGUAUGCAUAUAAUUUGAAGCCCCUGAAGAUUUCUGAUAUUAAAAUGCCUACUGGGAACAGCCUGUGUGUCGGCACCUCCUGGAUUCCACUGAACAGGGUCAUCGCAAUUCAUGAGAAACUGUCUAAUCUUGCACAAAUAGCGGAGCUAUCAUUACCAUCAGUUCCAGAAGUUGCUUCGAAUGAAAAUAUAUAUGAAUCCGUAGAACCUGAAGAAAAAUCAAUUGAUACAGACAUGGAAAACAUGAUCCUCGAAUGUUGCUCUGAAAUAAUGGCUCUGUUUUCUACUGACAGAGAGCCAACACCACUCACCGAGGUCCCCUUCGACAUCUCGCUGCCUGCUAUAUUCAGUCUCGAGAGACUUUUCGAUCUUGCCAGUGGUUGUAUUGUGUCAGUAGGCAGCCUUUUCAACUGGAUGAUAUCCAUUAUUCCCUGAGCAUCCUUUACAGGGUGACUCUAAGGGGGGUUUUAGUUGUUACUGAUGAUCCAGUUGGAACAAAAUUUCUCAAGUUUUUAAUCUCAUAAAUACCAAUAUUUUCUGUUAUGUUGAACUCAAGAAGUUUCUUGAUUUGGCCUGGGAAGAAAUGGUUGACCUUGCAUGGUAUAUGCUUCUGAGGGGCAUCUCAGCAUGGAACUUCAUUGUACCAGCUUUGGGAUUCUGCGGACCUAUGUCUGGGUAGCAACCUUGCCACAUGCCUGCUUAGUACCUUUAAGGGCUUAGUUUCAGCUCUUAAGCUCUUGCAUCUCCAUCUGUAGGAUGAGAGUAUUUGUGUCUGUCUCAUGAUGCUGUGGUUGUGUAUUAAAGUAAGCGAAGCAGCUUAGGUGCUCAGCUCAGGCCUGAUGAAAUGGAUGACUGGGGCCUGUCAUUUGCCUGUAAACCAGAAGAGCACCAGACAUUUGUACCGUCCAUCUAACAUCUAACUAUGCUGUCCGUACACUAACCCUUUUCACGCUCUGUCACAUGAACAGAUACUCAUGAAAAUAAA